AUGCAGGAAGGGCCUCCGCCGCCUCCACGUUCCUGCCUGCCCCGAGGAGCCAGGAGCCCAGGAUUCGCGGACGCCGCGCGCACGUGGGUGCACAUGAUCCUUCUUCUUCGUCCUCCCCGCCUCCCCACCCGGCCCCGUGCAUUGCUCCUCUCCCCAUCCACAGUUUGGAGGUCCAGCAAAAGGGAGGUCACGGAUCCGUGGCGGCGGCGGCACCACGGCACGAGCUGCAGCGGGGAGGUCGCGGAUCCGUGGCAGAGGGUCGCCGUGGGCAGCGGCGAGGGGCGCCGCCACCGCGUGGGCUGCGGGCAGGAGGGCGCCGAGGGCGGCGGCCCGGGGGCGCCGUGGGCGCCGGCCGAGGGCGCGCCGUGGGCGCCGGCCGAGGGCUCGCCGUGGGCGCCGUGGGCGUCGGCCAGGGGCGCGACGUGGGUGGCGGCCAGGGGCGCGACGUGGGCGGCGGCCGGGGGACGGCGGCCAGGUGCGCGCCGUGGGCGCCGUGGGCUGCGGCCAGGGGCGCCGCGGGGCUCGGCCCCGGCGUGGGCUGCGGCCAGAGGCGCCGCGGGGCUCGGCCAUGGCCUGGGCUGCGGCCAGAGGGGCCGCUGCCAGGGGCGGCGGCGGCAGGCAGGGUCGCCGCGUGCAGGCAGGGAUUACUUGAAGCGUCCCCUCAUCCGAGAUAUGGUUAAAGGAAAAGAGAAAGAAAAGGUUGAAGGUGAUGGCUCCGCUCGUGAGAGGACCAUCACUUGGGAUGAUGAUCAAACCAAGUUUAUGUUUGGUUGGUUCAUUGAGUUCAUAAAGGAUCAACAUGCUGGUUUCAAGCUUAAAAAACAGCACCACUUCAAGUGUGCAGAAGUAUUGAAUAGACAAUUCAAUAUGGGGGUAAGUACUAUCCAAGUUGAGAGACAUCUGAGACACUACAAGGAAAAUUGGAAAUUUGUUGCAUCAGCCUUAGCUAAGAGUGGUAACACUUUUGAUGCAACAAGGUCUAUGGUAAUUAUCUCUGAAUCAGACAAGGCAAAUUUACAGGUUAGAGUAAGAAGGCUCCUUUCUAAGCCUAUCAAAUUCUACAAUGAAAUGCAAGAAUUGUUCCGUAACAGCAAUGCAGACGGUUCUCUUGCUAUGGAUGCCGCUAAUUACAUGAAUGACACACAAGAUGAUGAAGACAAUGACUUGAAUGAUGACAUAUGCAAUGACUUUUCAAAUUAUGCUCAACCUCAAGAUGAUCUAGGUGAUGAUUCUGACACUUUGCCUUCUCCUACAAAUGAGCAGACUAGCUUUUUAUCCCAAACUGCCGAUGGUAGUUCAUCUAGCUCUGGAAUGAAGCGUCCUAGAGCUGAGGGUAAACCAGCCAAGAGAGAUGUGAGACCGAAAAGUCGGUUGUCAAAAAUAGGGGAUACGAUUGCAACUACUUUGGUGACCCUUCAACAAGAACUCAAGAAGCCGGCACCGGCUCCACCACAUAUGCCUAAUUCUGAUGCUAUCUUGUGGCAAAGGCUUGAAAAUAUGACAUUAACUACCGAUCAAAAGCUGAUGGUGAGAACUUUUCUAGCACAUAAGGAUCAAAAGGGUAUGCGUGGUUUUCUAUCCGGUUCAGCGGAGAUGACAUUUCAAUCAUGGGUAUUCAAAUUUCUCAGUGAUUCGGGGUUGUAA